CCACCAUCACCACCACCACCACCACCAUCAUGCCCCCCGAGGCGCCCAUCGAACCCUUCGUCCAGCCAGGGCAGCCGCUGAAUGACUUUUUGCGCUCGUUCUGGCAGCGGCAGGUGGAUGCGGCGGAACAGGAGACGCCGGAUUAUAGGCAUCCGGCGCUGCCCCUGGCGCGGAUUAAGAAGGUCAUGAAGAGUGAUCCGGAUGUGAAGAUGAUAGCCGCGGAUGCACCGAUAUUGUUUUGUAAAGCGUGCGAGAUCUUCAUUGCCGAGAUCACCGCGCGCGCCUUCAUCGUCGCGGACGCGAACAAGCGGCGGACGCUCUCGAGAGCGGACAUCGCGAAGGCGCUGAGCAAGUCGGACCAGUUUGACUUUCUGAUCGAUAUUGUGCCGAGGGACGAUUUGCCCUACGCACCGGGUGGGGGGUCGGGAGGUGGGGGGAGCAAGCAGCAAUUGAAGACGGAAGAGGAAAACCGUAAUGGAGGCGAGGGCGCGCAGGGUAUGCAACCUGGGAUGCAGCCAGGUCACGAGUCGGGCGUGUUGGAGGAGUUGGAGAGCCUACUCCACGACGUGGGUGUACCGCAGCAACGGACUGGAAUGUAGUAGCGGGUUUGAAUCUGUUCUUAUGUGUCUUUUUUGCAUUAUGAACGCUCCUUGUUGUGCUCUU